GCCUUACAUCUACUCUGAAGAGAGCUUCGCCUCAAAAACUGUAUUUGUUAAGAGCGCAUGCGCACCACCACUACACUUUUCGCGCGAAACACUCAAGAGGGCCGGGCGAAUCUUCAUUCUGUGAAUUUGAUUGGACGCCGCAAUCCAGGAGUCAGAAUAUGUUAAUGAGUCGCCGGCACGUCGUCCAAUCAGCACUCGGAUUCUAGAGCGAGAGAAGCUUGGUGGCGCGAAAAGACACACAACAGUGCUGAGUCCGACACGAGGCGCUCUCCUCUGGCUAUUUCUAAACACUCGUAAAGCUAAUACAGAAUAAAAAAUGGCAGUUGAAGUUGUGGACGAUCAGGAAAUGAGGGAGGCGCAAAGGGAUUAUCUGGAUUUUCUUGACGAUGAUCAAGACCAGGGCAUUUAUCAGAGCAAAGUACGACAGAUGAUCAGCGAAAACAAAUCAAGGCUCAUUGUGAACCUCAACGACCUCCGCCGCCGCAACGAACAGCGAGCAGCCAAGCUGCAGAAUAACGCGUUCGAAGAGCUCCUGGCCUUCCAGCGUGCUCUGAAAGAUCUGGUGGCUUCAAUAGAUGCCACUUACGCCAAGCAGCACGAAGAGUUCUUCGUCGGUCUUGAGGGCAGCUUCGGCAGCAAACACGUCUCUCCUCGAACCCUCACCUCUCGCCUGUUGGGUAGCAUGGUGUGUUUGGAGGGCAUUGUCACUAAAUGCUCUUUGGUGCGUCCCAAAGUAGUACGCAGUGUGCACUACUGUCCAGCUACUAAGAAGACUAUGGAGCGCAAAUACACUGAUAUGACCUCACUGGAUGCCUUUCCUUCAAGUGCCAUUUACCCCACAAAGGAUGAGGAGAACAAUCCACUGGAGACUGAGUUUGGUCUGUCCAUCUAUAAGGACCACCAGACCAUCACAGUGCAGGAGAUGCCUGAGAAAGCCCCUGCCGGUCAGCUGCCCCGCUCUGUGGACAUCAUCCUGGACAAUGACUUGGUGGAUGCUGUAAAACCAGGGGAUCGUACGCAGGUGAUCGGCACCUACCGCUGCCUGCCCGGAAAGAAGGGCGGAUUCACCUCGGGCACCUUCAGGACCAUCAUGAUCGCCUGUCACGUCAAACAGAUGAGCAAAGAAGUCUCACACUAUUUCUCUGCAGAUGAUGUGGCCAAAAUCAAAAGCUUCUGCAAAACUCGCUCUAAGACGGUGUUUGAUCAGUUGGCUCGCUCCCUGGCCCCCAGUAUUCAUGGUCACGAGUACAUAAAGAAGGCCAUCCUGUGUAUGCUUUUAGGAGGGGUGGAGAAGGUUUUGGAGAAUGGCUCACGCAUUAGAGGAGACAUCAAUGUGCUUCUCAUAGGUGACCCUUCAGUGGCUAAGUCCCAGCUGCUCCGGUACGUUCUGCACACUGCUCCUCGUGCCAUUCCCACCACAGGCCGAGGCUCAUCGGGUGUAGGUCUGACCGCAGCCGUCACCACUGACCAAGAGACAGGUGAGCGACGUCUCGAGGCUGGUGCCAUGGUUUUGGGGGAUCGCGGUGUGGUGUGCAUUGAUGAGUUUGACAAGAUGUCAGAUAUGGAUCGCACUGCUAUCCAUGAGGUCAUGGAACAGGGCCGCGUCACCAUCGCCAAGGCUGGCAUCCAUGCUCGACUGAACGCCCGCUGCAGCGUCCUAGCGGCUGCCAACCCUGUCUACGGCCGAUACGAUCAGUAUAAGACCCCCAUGGAGAACAUCGGUCUGCAGGACUCCCUGCUGUCUCGUUUUGAUUUGCUCUUCAUCAUGCUGGAUCAGAUGGACCCAGAGCAGGACCGUGAGAUCUCUGACCACGUCUUGCGCAUGCACCGCUACAGAGAUCCUCAUGAGCAGGAUGGAGAGGCUUUUUCUCUUGGUGGUACAAUCGAUGCACUCGCCACUGAAGACCCUGAUGUAACUCAGGAGGAAGAGGAGGAGCUUCAAGUGUACGAGAAGCACAAUCCUCUUCUCCAUGGCAGCAAAAAACUCAAGGACAGAGUGGUCAGUAAAGCGUUCAUGAGGAAAUACAUCCACGUUGCCAAGGCUCUUUCUCCUGUUCUUACUCAAGAGGCAGCCAAUCACAUCGCAGAGGAGUACUCACGACUGCGCAGCCAGGAGCAGCUGGGCUCUGACAUUGCUCGGACAUCACCGGUCACUGCUAGAACCCUGGAGACUUUGAUCCGUCUGUCUACGGCUCACGCCAAAGCUCGCAUGAGCAAAGUUGUGGAGAUGGUGGACACAGAAGUUGCUGUGGAGCUUGUGCAGUUUGCCUAUUUCAAGAAGGUUUUGGAGAAAGAACGUAAACGCGCUAGAAAUGGAGAGCAAGAUGAAGCCUCGGAGGAGGAGGAAGAUGAAGUACAAGACACACCUCGAACACAGAGAAAAAGGAGGCGCCAUUCAGAGCGCAGACCAUCUCAGGGCAGCGAGCCGUAUGACCCGUAUGACUUUAAUACUGAGACUGAUGUACCACAAAUUCAGUCCCCUGCUCCUGCGAGGCAGGAUGAUGAGCCGAUGGACGCUCCGGAUCAGAACGGUCACACAGAGUUGUCUGAUGGCAGGUUGAAGGAGUUCAAAACCGCAUUGCUAGAGGUGUUCCGCUCUUCUCAUGCUCAGUCGGUGGGCAUGAUCGCUCUGAUGGAAGGCAUCAACAAGAGCUGCCCAUCUCAGUUUAAAGAACCUGAGGUCCGUGCCGCCCUCAGCCGCAUGCAGGACGACAACCAGGUUAUGGUUGCUGAUGACAUCAUAUUCCUUAUAUAAAUGUAGUUUUUGGAGAAUGAGAGAAAUGAAAAAGUUCAAGCGUAGAUCAGUUUCAGAGUAUUUUCAAUAUGCGUGCAAUGUUUAUUUCCAUAUUUUUGUACAUGCAGACAUAUCCACGUAUUUCUUAAUGUUUCACUCGAGACAUUUUCAUAAGAUUUUUCCUACUUUCAUCUUUUCACAUGCUUGUUACGUUAAAAAGCAAUUCAGUUACAAUCUUGCCAAAACAUUUUAAGUUAUUGGUUUUACUCUGUAAUAUUCAUUUGCUUGUUUAUUUGCUUUUUUAAGACUUGGCGAAUAAUUUUCCCGAAAAUGACCUUUUCAUUUGGUUUUAUAUUUUUCUUAAAAAGAGCUUGGACCAGCGUCUGCAGAUUUUAUUUCAUGCAUUUUAUUUUUUUCAUUUUAAAACUUGUAAAUAAUGAUUUAUUGUUAACAAAAUAAACAACCGAGGAUGUAAAAAAAAACUGGUGUCAGAAUAAUGUUCAGUAAUAUACUUUAGAAUACAGUUGUUUAGUUAGAAUUGUGGCCUCCACAAACAUUGAGCUGUGGUGCUCAAGCAGGAGAUGCAGGUUUCAAUCUCCCCCAUCUCAAUACUUUUCGUGUCCUGUCUAUUCUUCCUUUGUCAAUAAAAAGUGGCCAAAAGGCCACUCAUUCUCAUUGUCUUAACGGUAUUUUUCUGUAAUAUACAAAAAGACCAAUGACUAAAAUCUAGCUUUGCAUAAAUCUCUGCUCUUUUACGUAACACCGAAAAGCCACAUAACUUCAAACUAGUCAUGCAUUAGACAUUCUCAGUCUUCACAGUUACUGUUUACCCUCAUUGCCCUUUCAGUCUAGUGUGGGUAGAGUCUGUCUGUCUGAUUUAAAUGCAAAGUGCAUCUCCUCACUUAUGUGCUUUUCUGUUAGAGCUGCUUCAAGAUGCAUCUUUUUUACUCUCCAGCUUACUGGUUCUUUAAAACUUGUGACUGUAACUUCUAUGUUUGUGUGGGAGCUGGAGAAACCUUAGUAGGGGGCAAAACUUUUUUUGUGGAGAACGAAAAUAUAUGUUGGCAUGCUGCCGUUGAGGGUAUUGCAGACGACAACAAUGAAAAAUAUAUAUUUUGAAGAAUGUUUGGGGAGCCAUGCAAACAGACUGACAGCUAUUAUACAGUAGAAGGCCAAAAGUGAGGUUUCAGGUUUGAAAUGAAAUGCGGGAAAUGGUUCUUGCUGUACAUUAAACGUACCAUUGUUAUUUUUCUCAUCUGCUCGUACUGUUCUAAGAAUGACUCAGGAGAUGCUAUCAUAUGUCUGUGGUCGUGCUAAUGUUGGCUGUUCCAAUGCACUGUUUCAAGAACCGAGUCAGCACCUCCGUGACCUAAAUUAGUGGGGGUGUAUAAGAACACUGUGUAAGGCUACAAGUGUCAGUCAGUGUAUCUGGGACAAAUUUAACACUGAUUCACCUACAACCCUUUCAAGAGCGCUCUAGAUGAGCUUUAGAGGUAACGCUUUAGGUCUUUGUUAACAUUAAUAAAGCUGUUCCAAAGAAGAUUCAAUACUAUUCAUAUUAAUAUUUCUUCCUUUUAAUUUCAACAGCAUUUUAUUUAGAAUGGAGAAUAAUUGUUUAAUUUAAUGGA